CUGCUUACUUCGCUCUGUUUGCACAAUAUCGUGGAAGGGGACAUUUCACAAAUGAACGCCAAGCUGCUGUCCGUGUCCUUGCAACACUUCACUGGAACGGUAAAGCUCGAGGCUUCACUUGGAAUACCUUCAUCAGUCGCCUUAUUGGAGCCUUCAACGACCUCGAGUUGAACGGUGAUCCACGCUCUGAUGCAAAUAAGGUUGACGUACUUCUCGAGAAAACUGUUGGAGAUUCUUCCCUUUCCAAUGGAAGAUCACACAUUACAGGAGAUGCCGUUCUCCGAUCCAAUUUCCAAGGUGCCAUCAAUUAUUUAACAACACAAGUCUUAGCUGCCGGUAACGACAACACCCAGCGCCGCAAUCGACAACUUGCUGCCUUUACUUGUGGUGGUGGCGGACGCGGUGGUGAUGGUAGAAGUGGAGGUCGUGGCCGAGGAAAUGGUGCCACAAAUCGCCUGCAAUCGAAUGUACCAGAUCGCUUUAGCUGCAAUGGGAUACUACUAAAUGAUGGAGGUUAUUCAAAUCAAAUCUGGAGAGAGGAGUUUACACAAGAAGAAAGAAAGAUUUGCUUAGAAAUGCGUCGCAACCGUCGCAAUGGUGGUGGUCGUGGCGGAAGAGGCCGUGAAGGCCGUGGUGGUCGUGGUAGAGGUCGUGGUAUCAGCGCUGUCCAUGAUGGACGAGCUGAUCAGGAAGAAACAAAAGAAGAUAACAACGAUGGGCGUGGGGCAGGUGCAGGAAUGAGUCGUCGCCGUCGCAACAAUCGUGACGAUGAUUGA